GAUUGAGAAAAAUUUGGUUUUUGCAAAGUAUUUUGAAUCACAAAAAGAAAAAUUUAAAUUUAUGUGUUAAACAAAAUGUCGCUGCUCAGCGGUGUAAGAGUUAAUAUGUUUAACGAAAAUUUUUUAAAUGAACAAGAUCAAGACCCAAACUCAGUUCUAACAGAGUUAGAUAAAGGAUUACGCUCAGCGAAAAUUGGAGAACAAUGUGAAGCUAUAGUCCGAUUUCCAAGACUUUUUGAAAAGUAUCCGUUUCCAAUUCUCAUUAAUUCAUCAUUUCUGAAAUUGGCAGAAUUUUUUAGAAAUGGCUCAAACCUCCUCCGUUUUUGGGUUUUGAAAGUUUGUCAACAAAGUGAAAAUCAUUUAGAUAAAAUUCUUAACAUAGAUGAAUUCGUUAAGAGGAUAUUCAUGGUAAUUCACUCUAAUGAACCCGUUGGGCGUGCCUUGACAUUGCGUACAUUAGGAGCGGUAGCUCGUGUUAUUCCCGAAAAACAGCAAGUUCAUCAUUCAAUUCGACGUGCCUUAGAUAGUCAUGAUAUUGUCGAAGUUGAAGCUGCUAUAUAUGCCAGUGUCCAAUUCGCAGCACAAUCAAAGUCAUUUGCUAUAAGUAUGUGUUCCAAGAUUGGAGCAAUGAUUGAAUCUUUGAAAACCCCUAUUAGCAUGAAAUUACAAUUAAUACCAGUUUUGCAUCAUAUGCAUCAUGAUGCUAAUACGGCUUCCUUGGUAAAAACUCUUUGUUUAAAACUCUUGCCAAAAUAUCCUGCUGAGAGUUUCGUAAUAGCAAUUUUGGAUACGUUGACAAAAUUAUCUUGCAAAACUUUGAUUGAUAUCCCAGAUCAAGUCAAUUUAUUGCUGAACUAUUUCCAAGACCCACGAAAAAAAGUGCGUCAUCAAGUGUUAAGAUCAUUAAAAUCUUUAGCUAAAGAUGGAUCCACUCUUUGGCCUGAAGGUGCUCUUAAAGAUUUGAUAAGUAAAGCUAAAAAUUGCAGUGACAUGGGAAAUGAGCAGAGUCUGAUAUUGACAGUAGCACUUACUUUAACUGAGUGCUACGUGACAUGCUAUAAAUUAUUAAACGAAGAGCAAAAUUUAAUUUUGGAAUUGUGUUCUUCCUGUUUGGUCUUAGAACAUCACGCUGCAGCAAGUCAAACUAUUGGAAUUUUGACAAAUUUAAUAUCUUACUGUCAUGUAGAGGAAAUAACACCAUCACCAGUUUUCAUUAACUUAGUCAAUUUGCAUUUAGAAAGCUUGAUAUAUUCUUCUGUUGGAAACAUAAAAUAUACAAAAGAAUUACAACGGUAUUUAAAGUGUGGUGUCAAACUUUCCGAGUGCAAUCCAGAAUUCGGAGAAAAUUUUGUUAAGUUGAUUGGAGAGCUUUUAACUGACGAUGUUGCAUACAGCUCAAAACAUUCAGUACUAAUGUGUGAAACUCUUGGGGCCUUGUCAUCUCAAUUUCAACUAAAAAAGUUUGCUGUAGAUAAUAAACCUUAUCCGACUGAAUUUAUGGAGAUCGAUCAAUUGUCAACAGCUACUUCGCCCUCAGAUAUACCAGCAUCUCCAGCGUCACAAAUUCAACCUAUUACUAUGAAGAAGAGUAACCCAGUUACAGAACGACUUUCUCAAAUUUUAAAAAAACUUGAUUCAAUUUUGGAGCAUGAUAUGAAACCUGAUAAAAUACAAAUUGUUGAAAUAUUGUCAGCUGUCAUAUUGCAGUCUUUGAUUGGCGCUUUCAUGCCAAAACCAGUGUUAGACGUAUUUGAUCGCGUUGCCACAUUUACAAAUUGCUGGACCCAGUACAGAAUUGGCAGAUCUGCAUCAAGGUAUGGACAGCACUUCUUAGCUGCUAGAUUAUUUAGUCAACUUUCAACUCAUGUUUCGUUAGACAAAUUCCACUUCUUUUUGGUUUCACUCUCCCAAAUUUCAAAAGCUGAAUGCAUUUUAAAUUAUUGUUUGGAUUACGAUACAAUACAAACAAAUUAUAAUUUAUGUGACCCAAAAUUCACUAACACUCCCCUAAAGCUUUUAACUCUAACUGAACGUUUAGAUAAAUCUAUAAAUUUGUAUUGGAAAGCCUUAGCUAGUCUAAAGGCGAGCUCUUCUCCAUCACAUCCUUUAAAUUUUCAAGCUGAACUAAUAAAAUUGCGUGGACAAUUCUUGCAAUCAUUAUUUAGUGUUGUGAUUGCAAAAAAUACACAAACAAUAAUACCACCACCAGCAAUUGCUGCUACAUUGGCUCAAAAUUCAAGAGAUUAUUUGCAAAAAUAUGGGCAUGUUACAAAUCAAUUAAGAAAGUCUGUGAAAGCCUUAAAAGCGUGCGAAGAUGCAUAUUCUAAGCUGUAUAAAUCUGCAUUUGAUGCUGAUCCAGCUACGCUUGAGUUUUUGGAAAUAACUCAAUAUCAGUGUGCUAUUUUUGGACAUAUUGUUGAAACCGUUUGCUUUGUAUCACCAUCAGAAUCUCCUUUUAGCCCUUCAGAUGGCAACUAUCCAGAAACAAAAUAUCUAAUUAAGACUUGUGGUAACAUGGAAACUAUGUCUAAAAAUUUACCUGAAGAACCAAAUAUGAAAACUAUAACAAAUAGACAUAUGGAAGUAAUAGUGAAUGAAAUUGAAAUAAUAACAAAGUCACCGAUUUGUAUGCCUAGAUUUUUCUUUCAAGUUUUGCAAAGCACAAGUAUCAAGUUGUCUAUCAGUCCAUUACCCCGGGUUGCUGGUGAACCUGUUAUUGUUCAGCCUGGCAGUAAUUUGGUAGUGAAGGUUGAAGGAGUAAUUCAACAUUAUGGGAAAUCGCCAUGUUUAUACAGAUCUGUUGAGUCAGUGCAACUAACUAUUACUUCGCAAUUGGUUACACAAAGAACAAAUAACGAAACAAAACAAUCAAAUGAUAUAACGACUUUAUCUCAAAUAGUUAAACCGCAUCGUGAUUUUUUGUCUGGUAAUUUUUUAUUACCACUUAAUAAUAUUCAAAUAUCUCCAAUGGGUGUACCUAUAUCAAUGGGGGGACAGUGGCAAGUUGUGUUAGAAACAUUUGUUAUUGAUGAAGAUGGUACUACUUGGUGCACAGGACCAAAAAGCACACUUGUAGUUCGCGUUCCUGAUGAUCCUAAUAAACAAAAUGCAGCUACAUCUAGCGGUCAAACAAGACGAUUCUAAAACCUUUGCAUUACAUACAUACUAUUUAAUUUUAUAAUAAGUACAUUUUUAGAAAAAUUAUUAAUUAAACACAUUUUACGUUAACUAAUUUUGACAUGUGUAUUUAGUAUUACAGCCACUUAGAAAAAUUUCAAUUUAGCAUAUAACCAUAUCCUGAUAUCUUAAAUAUUAUAUUUUUCUAUACUUUUUCUUAAAAAUAUUUAGAUUUGCUUUAGAAUAAAUUUGCAAUUUUCUUAAAAAAAGUAUUUGGUAUAAAUGAUAGCAAACACCAACUUUUUAACAGUUGAAGUUUCCAUACAAAAUCAAAAGCGCAAAAAUUUAGUAACUCAGAUAAUCAAUCAGAAAU